AUGUUCCAGGCAUGGUUGGUUCUGCUUCUGUGUCUAUCCACCUCCACCCUGUACACCACCAACUACAACGGCAGCAGCACCCACAUUGGUGUUGUGAUUGUUGAGACCCCAAUGCCAUCUGUGAUCACUUCCUAUGUUCCAGGCAUGGUUGGUUCUGCUUCUGUUCUAUCCACCUCCACCCUGUACACCACCAACUACAACGGCAGCAGCACCCACAUUGGUGUUGUGAUUGUUGAGACCCCAAUGCCAUCUGUGAUCACCUCCUAUGUUCCAGGCAUGGUUGGUUCUGCUUCUGUUCUAUCCACCUCCACCUUGUACACCACCAACUACAACGGCAGCAGCACCCACAUUGGUGUUGUGAUUGUUGAGACCCCAAUGCCAUCUGUGAUCACCUCCUAUGUUCCAGGCAUGGUUGGCUCUGCUUCUGUGCUAUCCACCUCCACCCUGUACACCACCAACUACAACGGCAGCAGCACCCACAUUGGUGUUGUGAUUGUUGAGACCCCAAUGCCAUCUGUGAUCACUUCCUAUGUUCCAGGCAUGGUUGGUUCUGCUUCUGUUCUAUCCACCUCCACCUUGUACACCACCAACUACAACGGCAGCAGCACCCACAUUGGUGUUGUGAUUGUUGAGACCCCAAUGCCAAGUGUCAUUACUUCCUAUGUUCCAGGCAUGGUUGGUUCUGCUUCUGUUCUAUCCACCUCCACCUUGUACACCACCAACUACAACGGCAGCAGCACUCACAUUGGUGUUGUGAUUGUUGAAACCCCAAUGCCAUCUGUGAUCACCUCCUAUGUUCCAGGCAUGGUUGGUUCUGCUUCUGUUCUAUCCACCUCCACCCUGUACACCACCAACUACAACGGCAGCAGCACCCACAUUGGUGUUGUGAUUGUUGAGACCCCAAUGCCAUCUGUGAUCACCUCCUAUGUUCCAGGCAUGGUUGGUUCUGCUUCUGUUCUAUCCACCUCCACCUUGUACACCACCAACUACAACGGCAGCAGCACCCACAUUGGUGUUGUGAUUGUUGAGACCCCAAUGCCAUCUGUGAUCACCUCCUAUGUUCCAGGCAUGGUUGGUUCUGCUUCUGUUCUAUCCACCUCCACCCUGUACACCACCAACUACAACGGCAGCAGCACCCACAUUGGUGUUGUGAUUGUUGAGACCCCAAUGCCAUCUGUGAUCACCUCCUAUGUUCCAGGCAUGGUUGGUUCUGCUUCUGUGCUAUCCACCUCCACCCUGUACACCACCAACUACAACGGCAGCAGCACCCACAUUGGUGUUGUGAUUGUUGAGACCCCAAUGCCAUCUGUGAUCACUUCCUAUGUUCCAGGCAUGGUUGGUUCUGCUUCUGUUCUAUCCACCUCCACCCUGUACACCACCAACUACAACGGUAGCAGCACCCACAUCGGUGUUGUGAUUGUUGAGACCCCAAUGCCAUCUGUGAUCACCUCCUAUGUUCCAGGCAUGGUUGGUUCUGCUUCUGUUCUAUCCACCUCCACCCUGUACACCACCAACUACAACGGCAGCAGCACCCACAUUGGUGUUGUGAUUGUUGAGACCCCAAUGCCAUCUGUGAUCACCUCCUAUGUUCCAGGCAUGGUUGGUUCUGCUUCUGUUCUAUCCACCUCCACCCUGUACACCACCAACUACAACGGCAGCAGCACCCACAUUGGUGUUGUGAUUGUUGAGACCCCAAUGCCAUCUGUGAUCACCUCCUAUGUUCCAGGCAUGGUUGGUUCUGCUUCUGUUCUAUCCACCUCCACCCUAUACACCACCAACUACAACGGCAGCAGCACUCACAUUGGUGUUGUGAUUGUUGAAACCCCAAUGCCAUCUGUGAUCACUUCCUAUGUUCCAGGCAUGGUUGGUUCUGCUUCUGUUCUAUCCACCUCCACCCUGUACACCACCAACUACAACGGCAGCAGCACCCACAUUGGUGUUGUGAUUGUUGAGACCCCAAUGCCAUCUGUGAUCACCUCCUAUGUUCCAGGCAUGGUUGGUUCUGCUUCUGUUCUAUCCACCUCCACCCUGUACACCACCAACUACAACGGCAGCAGCACCCACAUUGGUGUUGUGAUUGUUGAGACCCCAAUGCCAUCUGUGAUCACCUCCUAUGUUCCAGGCAUGGUUGGUUCUGCUUCUGUUCUAUCCACCUCCACCCUGUACACCACCAACUACAACGGCAGCAGCACCCACAUUGGUGUUGUGAUUGUUGAGACCCCAAUGCCAUCUGUGAUCACCUCCUAUGUUCCAGGCAUGGUUGGUUCUGCUUCUGUUCUAUCCACCUCCACCCUGUACACCACCAACUACAACGGCAGCAGCACCCACAUUGGUGUUGUGAUUGUUGAGACCCCAAUGCCAUCUGUGAUCACCUCCUAUGUUCCAGGCAUGGUUGGUUCUGCUUCUGUUCUAUCCACCUCCACCCUAUACACCACCAACUACAACGGCAGCAGCACCCACAUUGGUGUUGUGAUUGUUGAGACCCCAAUGCCAUCUGUGAUCACCUCCUAUGUUCCAGGCAUGGUUGGUUCUGCUUCUGUUCUAUCCACCUCCACCCUGUACACCACCAACUACAACGGCAGCAGCACCCACAUUGGUGUUGUGAUUGUUGAGACCCCAAUGCCAUCUGUGAUCACUUCCUAUGUUCCAGGCAUGGUUGGUUCUGCUUCUGUUCUAUCCACCUCCACCCUGUACACCACCAACUACAACGGCAGCAGCACCCACAUUGGUGUUGUGAUUGUUGAGACCCCAAUGCCAUCUGUGAUCACCUCCUAUGUUCCAGGCAUGGUUGGUUCUGCUUCUGUUCUAUCCACCUCCACCUUGUACACCACCAACUACAACGGCAGCAGCACUCACAUUGGUGUUGUGAUUGUUGAGACCCCAAUGCCAUCUGUGAUCACUUCCUAUGUUCCAGGCAUGGUUGGUUCUGCUUCUGUUCUAUCCACCUCCACCCUGUACACCACCAACUACAACGGCAGCAGCACCCACAUUGGUGUUGUGAUUGUUGAGACCCCAAUGCCAUCUGUGAUCACCUCCUAUGUUCCAGGCAUGGUUGGUUCUGCUUCUGUUCUAUCCACCUCCACCCUGUACACCACCAACUACAACGGCAGCAGCACCCACAUUGGUGUUGUGAUUGUUGAGACCCCAAUGCCAUCUGUGAUCACUUCCUAUGUUCCAGGCAUGGUUGGUUCUGCUUCUGUUCUAUCCACCUCCACCCUGUACACCACCAACUACAACGGCAGCAGCACCCACAUUGGUGUUGUGAUUGUUGAGACCCCAAUGCCAAGUGUCAUUACUUCCUAUGUUCCAGGCAUGGUUGGCUCUGCUUCUGUUCUAUCCACCUCCACCUUGUACACCACCAACUACAACGGCAGCAGCACCCACAUUGGUGUUGUGAUUGUUGAGACCCCAAUGCCAAGUGUCAUUACUUCCUAUGUUCCAGGCAUGGUUGGUUCUGCUUCUGUUCUAUCCACCUCCACCUUGUACACCACCAACUACAACGGCAGCAGCACCCACAUUGGUGUUGUGAUUGUUGAGACCCCAAUGCCAUCUGUGAUCACCUCCUAUGUUCCAGGCAUGGUUGGUUCUGCUUCUGUUCUAUCCACCUCCACCCUGUACACCACCAACUACAACGGCAGCAGCACCCACAUUGGUGUUGUGAUUGUUGAGACCCCAAUGCCAUCUGUGAUCACCUCCUAUGUUCCAGGCAUGGUUGGUUCUGCUUCUGUUCUAUCCACCUCCACCCUGUACACCACCAACUACAACGGCAGCAGCACCCACAUUGGUGUUGUGAUUGUUGAAACCCCAAUGCCAUCUGUGAUCACCUCCUAUGUUCCAGGCAUGGUUGGUUCUGCUUCUGUUCUAUCCACCUCCACCCUGUACACCACCAACUACAACGGCAGCAGCACCCACAUUGGUGUUGUGAUUGUUGAGACCCCAAUGCCAUCUGUGAUCACCUCCUAUGUUCCAGGCAUGGUUGGUUCUGCUUCUGUUCUAUCCACCUCCACCCUGUACACCACCAACUACAACGGCAGCAGCACCCACAUUGGUGUUGUGAUUGUUGAAACCCCAAUGCCAUCUGUGAUCACCUCCUAUGUUCCAGGCAUGGUUGGUUCUGCUUCUGUUCUAUCCACCUCCACCCUGUACACCACCAACUACAACGGUAGCAGCACCCACAUUGGUGUUGUGAUUGUUGAGACCCCAAUGCCAUCUGUGAUCACCUCCUAUGUUCCAGGCAUGGUUGGUUCUGCUUCUGUUCUAUCCACCUCCACCUUGUACACCACCAACUACAACGGCAGCAGCACUCACAUUGGUGUUGUGAUUGUUGAAACCCCAAUGCCAUCUGUGAUCACCUCCUAUGUUCCAGGCAUGGUUGGUUCUGCUUCUGUUCUAUCCACCUCCACCCUGUACACCACCAACUACAACGGCAGCAGCACCCACAUUGGUGUUGUGAUUGUUGAAACCCCAAUGCCAUCUGUGAUCACCUCCUAUGUUCCAGGCAUGGUUGGUUCUGCUUCUGUUCUAUCCACCUCCACCCUGUACACCACCAACUACAACGGCAGCAGCACCCACAUUGGUGUUGUGAUUGUUGAGACCCCAAUGCCAUCUGUGAUCACCUCCUAUGUUCCAGGCAUGGUUGGUUCUGCUUCUGUUCUAUCCACCUCCACCCUGUACACCACCAACUACAACGGCAGCAGCACCCACAUCGGUGUUGUGAUUGUUGAGACCCCAAUGCCAUCUGUGAUCACCUCCUAUGUUCCAGGCAUGGUUGGCUCUGCUUCUGUUCUAUCCACCUCCACCCUGUACACCACCAACUACAACGGCAGCAGCACCCACAUCGGUGUUGUGAUUGUUGAGACCCCAAUGCCAUCUGUGAUCACCUCCUAUGUUCCAGGCAUGGUUGGUUCUGCUUCUGUUCUAUCCACCUCCACCCUGUACACCACCAACUACAACGGCAGCAGCACCCACAUUGGUGUUGUGAUUGUUGAGACCCCAAUGCCAUCUGUGAUCACCUCCUAUGUUCCAGGCAUGGUUGGUUCUGCUUCUGUGCUAUCCACCUCCACCCUGUACACCACCAACUACAACGGCAGCAGCACCCACAUUGGUGUUGUGAUUGUUGAGACCCCAAUGCCAUCUGUGAUCACCUCCUAUGUUCCAGGCAUGGUUGGUUCUGCUUCUGUUCUAUCCACCUCCACCCUGUACACCACCAACUACAACGGCAGCAGCACCCACAUUGGUGUUGUGAUUGUUGAGACCCCAAUGCCAUCUGUGAUCACCUCCUAUGUUCCAGGCAUGGUUGGUUCUGCUUCUGUUCUAUCCACCUCCACCUUGUACACCACCAACUACAACGGCAGCAGCACUCACAUUGGUGUUGUGAUUGUUGAAACCCCAAUGCCAUCUGUGAUCACCUCCUAUGUUCCAGGCAUGGUUGGUUCUGCUUCUGUUCUAUCCACCUCCACCCUGUACACCACCAACUACAACGGCAGCAGCACCCACAUUGGUGUUGUGAUUGUUGAGACCCCAAUGCCAUCUGUGAUCACCUCCUAUGUUCCAGGCAUGGUUGGUUCUGCUUCUGUUCUAUCCACCUCCACCCUGUACACCACCAACUACAACGGCAGCAGCACCCACAUUGGUGUUGUGAUUGUUGAGACCCCAAUGCCAUCUGUGAUCACCUCCUAUGUUCCAGGCAUGGUUGGUUCUGCUUCUGUUCUAUCCACCUCCACCCUGUACACCACCAACUACAACGGCAGCAGCACCCACAUUGGUGUUGUGAUUGUUGAGACCCCAAUGCCAUCUGUGAUCACCUCCUAUGUUCCAGGCAUGGUUGGUUCUGCUUCUGUUCUAUCCACCUCCACCCUGUACACCACCAACUACAACGGCAGCAGCACCCACAUUGGUGUUGUGAUUGUUGAGACCCCAAUGCCAAGUGUCAUUACUUCCUAUGUUCCAGGCAUGGUUGGUUCUGCUUCUGUUCUAUCCACCUCCACCCUGUACACCACCAACUACAACGGCAGCAGCACCCACAUUGGUGUUGUGAUUGUUGAGACCCCAAUGCCAAGUGUCAUUACUUCCUAUGUUCCAGGCAUGGUUGGUUCUGCUUCUGUUCUAUCCACCUCCACCCUGUACACCACCAACUACAACGGCAGCAGCACCCACAUUGGUGUUGUGAUUGUUGAGACCCCAAUGCCAUCUGUGAUCACCUCCUAUGUUCCAGGCAUGGUUGGUUCUGCUUCUGUUCUAUCCACCUCCACCCUGUACACCACCAACUACAACGGCAGCAGCACCCACAUUGGUGUUGUGAUUGUUGAGACCCCAAUGCCAUCUGUGAUCACUUCCUAUGUUCCAGGCAUGGUUGGCUCUGCUUCUGUUCUAUCCACCUCCACCCUGUACACCACCAACUACAACGGCAGCAGCACCCACAUCGGUGUUGUGAUUGUUGAAACCCCAAUGCCAUCUGUGAUCACCUCCUAUGUUCCAGGCAUGGUUGGUUCUGCUUCUGUUCUAUCCACCUCCACCCUGUACACCACCAACUACAACGGCAGCAGCACCCACAUUGGUGUUGUGAUUGUUGAGACCCCAAUGCCAUCUGUGAUCACCUCCUAUGUUCCAGGCAUGGUUGGUUCUGCUUCUGUUCUAUCCACCUCCACCCUAUACACCACCAACUACAACGGCAGCAGCACCCACAUUGGUGUUGUGAUUGUUGAGACCCCAAUGCCAUCUGUGAUCACCUCCUAUGUUCCAGGCAUGGUUGGUUCUGCUUCUGUGCUAUCCACCUCCACCCUGUACACCACCAACUACAACGGCAGCAGCACCCACAUUGGUGUUGUGAUUGUUGAGACCCCAAUGCCAUCUGUGAUCACUUCCUAUGUUCCAGGCAUGGUUGGUUCUGCUUCUGUUCUAUCCACCUCCACCCUAUACACCACCAACUACAACGGCAGCAGCACCCACAUUGGUGUUGUGAUUGUUGAGACCCCAAUGCCAUCUGUGAUCACCUCCUAUGUUCCAGGCAUGGUUGGUUCUGCUUCUGUUCUAUCCACCUCCACCCUAUACACCACCAACUACAACGGCAGCAGCACCCACAUUGGUGUUGUGAUUGUUGAGACCCCAAUGCCAUCUGUGAUCACCUCCUAUGUUCCAGGCAUGGUUGGUUCUGCUUCUGUGCUAUCCACCUCCACCCUGUACACCACCAACUACAACGGCAGCAGCACCCACAUUGGUGUUGUGAUUGUUGAGACCCCAAUGCCAUCUGUGAUCACCUCCUAUGUUCCAGGCAUGGUUGGCUCUGCUUCUGUUCUAUCCACCUCCACCAUGUACACCACCAACUACAACGGCAGCAGCACCCACAUUGGUGUUGUGAUUGUUGAAACCCCAAUGCCAAGUGUCAUUACUUCCUAUGUUCCAGGCAUGGUUGGCUCUGCUUCUGUUCUAUCCACCUCCACCCUAUACACCACCAACUACAACGGUAGCAGCACCCACAUUGGUGUUGUGAUUGUUGAGACCCCAAUGCCAAGUGUCAUUACUUCCUAUGUUCCAGGCAUGGUUGGUUCUGCUUCUGUUCUAUCCACCUCCACCCUGUACACCACCAACUACAACGGCAGCAGCACCCACAUUGGUGUUGUGAUUGUUGAGACCCCAAUGCCAUCUGUGAUCACCUCCUAUGUUCCAGGCAUGGUUGGUUCUUCUUCUGUUCUAUCCACCUCCACCCUAUACACCACCAACUACAACGGCAGCAGCACCCACAUUGGUGUUGUGAUUGUUGAGACCCCAAUGCCAUCUGUGAUCACCUCCUAUGUUCCAGGCAUGGUUGGUUCUGCUUCUGUUCUAUCCACCUCCACCCUAUACACCACCAACUACAACGGCAGCAGCACUCAUAUUGGUGUUGUGAUUGUUGAGACCCCAAUGCCAUCUGUGAUCACCUCCUAUGUUCCAGGCAUGGUUGGUUCUGCUUCUGUUCUAUCCACCUCCACCCUGUACACCACCAACUACAACGGCAGCAGCACCCACAUUGGUGUUGUGAUUGUUGAGACCCCAAUGCCAUCUGUGAUCACCUCCUAUGUUCCAGGCAUGGUUGGUUCUUCUUCUGUUCUAUCCACCUCCACCCUAUACACCACCAACUACAACGGCAGCAGCACCCACAUUGGUGUUGUGAUUGUUGAGACCCCAAUGCCAUCUGUGAUCACCUCCUAUGUUCCAGGCAUGGUUGGUUCUGCUUCUGUUCUAUCCACCUCCACCCUGUACACCACCAACUACAACGGCAGCAGCACCCACAUCGGUGUUGUGAUUGUUGAAACCCCAAUGCCAAGUGUCAUUACUUCCUAUGUUCCAGGCAUGGUUGGUUCUGCUUCUGUUCUAUCCACCUCCACCCUGUACACCACCAACUACAACGGCAGCAGCACCCACAUUGGUGUUGUGAUUGUUGAAACCCCAAUGCCAUCUGUGAUCACCUCCUAUGUUCCAGGCAUGGUUGGUUCUGCUUCUGUUCUAUCCACCUCCACCCUAUACACCACCAACUACAACGGCAGCAGCACUCAUAUUGGUGUUGUGAUUGUCGAAACCCCAAUGCCAUCUGUGAUCACCUCCUAUGUUCCAGGCAUGGUUGGUUCUGCUUCUGUUCUAUCCACCUCCACCCUGUACACCACCAACUACAACGGUAGCAGCACCCACAUUGGUGUUGUGAUUGUUGAAACCCCAAUGCCAAGUGUCAUUACUUCCUAUGUUCCAGGCAUGGUUGGUUCUUCUUCUGUUGUCUCCACCUCCACCUUGUACACCACCAACUACAACGGUAGCAGCACCCACAUUGGUGUUGUGAUUGUUGAGACCCCAAUGCCAUCUGUGAUCACCUCCUAUGUUCCAGGCAUGGUUGGUUCUUCUUCUGUUGUCUCCACCUCCACCAUGUACACCACCGACAACAACGGCAGCAGCACCCACAUUGGUGUUGUGAUUGUUGAGACCCCAAUGCCAUCUGUGAUCACCUCCUAUGUUCCAGGCAUGGUUGGUUCUGCUUCUGUUGUCUCCACCUCCACCAUGUACACCACCGACAAGAACGGCAGGAGCACUCACAUUGGUGUUGUGAUUGUUGAGACCCCAAUGCCAAGUACAUUCACCAGCACUAUGUAUACUACCAAUUCCAUGGGCAGCAGUACUCCAGUUAUUGUCGUGAUUGUUCAAACCCCAAAGCCAAGCGCUAUCACUUCUUAUGUUGCAGCCACCGGUCUUUCAUCCACUGUCACCUUCACCUCCACCUCCUACACUACCAACUCUGAUGGCAGCAGCACUCCAGUUGACAUUGUGAUUGUCGAGACUCCAAUGCCAAGUCAGAUCACUUCUUAUGUUGCAGCUACCGGUCUCUCACCAACUGUUACAUUCACCUCCACCUCCUACACUACCAACUCUGAUGGCAGCAGCACUCCAGUAGACAUUGUGAUUGUGGAAACCCCAAUGCCAAGCGCUAUCACGAAAUAUGUUCCAGGCAUGGUUGGUUCAGCUUCUAUCAUGUUUACCUCCACCUCCUACACUACCAACUCUGAUGGCAGCAGCACUCCAGUAGACAUUGUGAUUGUGGAAACCCCAAUGCCAAGCGCUAUCACGAAAUAUGUUCCAGGCAUGGUUGGUUCAGCUUCUAUCAUGUUUACCUCCACCUCCUACACUACCAACUCUGACGGUAGCAGCACUCCAGUAGACAUUGUGAUUGUCGAAACCCCAAUGCCAAGCGCUAUCACUUCUUAUGUUGCAGCCACCGGUCUUUCAUCCACUGUCACCUUCACCUCCACCUCCUACACUACCAACUCUGACGGCAGCAGCACUCCAGUAGACAUUGUGAUUGUCGAAACCCCAAUGCCAAGCGCUAUCACUUCUUAUGUUGCGGCCACUGGUCGCUCAACCUCUAUCAUCACCACCUCCAUCUUCUACACUACCAAUUCUGACGGCAGCAGCACUCCAAUCGGUGUUGUAAUUGUUGGUACCCCAACAGUCACUAGUACAAGUUUGGGAUAUCACUAUUGGAAUUCUUCAGUAGUUUCCACAAAAUUGUCAAGGUCAUACAGUUCAAUUUCGAAAUAUUCAAAGGAAAGCAUUAGAAGGACAACAAAUGCUGAAGCAUCUAAUGCCAAUAAUUGGAACACUAGGACAAUUGAAUCAUCAUUCUCUUCAGCAGUUUCUGACAGGUCAAGGUCCUCUAACGAGAACACUGCAACUACAGGAAACAUAGAAACUUCUGGUGUUAACAGUUGGAGUACUAUGAAGAGUGAAUCAUCGUCCAGAAGAAACGGGGUUGAAAGUAAAACAGGUUCUUCAACUGAGGCAAUCACAAAUACUCCAAAGGUUACUGCAACUCAAGAGCCAUUACAGGUAUCUUCUCAAAGUGCUAAUCCAAAUAGUAGAUCGAAUACAGUAACAUUGUCACGUUAUGAAACUUCAGGUUCAUCUACUUCAAGUAUCAUGAAUAGUCAACAAAUUACUGUUGCACCAGAGCAACUACACGUAUCUUCUCAAAGUGCAAGUCCAAGCAGUAGAUUAAGUAUAGUAACAUUAUCACAUCAUGAAACUUCAAGUUCGUCUACUUCAAUUAUUAUGAAUAGUCAACAAAAUACUAUUGCACAAGGGCCAUUACACGUCUCUUCUCAAACCACAGAGUCGAGUGGCAGAUCGAGUACAGUAACAUUAUCACGUUAUGAAACUUCAGGUUCAUCUACUUCAAGUAUCAUGAAUAGUCAACAAAUUACUGUUGCACCAGAGCAACUACACGUAUCUUCUCAAAGUGCAAGUCCAAGUAGCAGAUUAAGUGCCAAAACCUUGUCACAAUAUAAAGCUUCUGCUCCUACAUUUAGUGUUAACAGUUGGAAUACUAUGAAGAGUGAAUCAUCGUCCAGAAGAAACGGGGUUGAAGAUCAAGCAGGUUCUUCAACUGAGGCAAUCACAUAUACUCCAAAGGUUACUGCAACUCAAGAGCCAUUACAGGUAUCUUCUCAAAGGGCAAAUCCAAGUGGCAGAUCAAAUACAGUAACAUUAUCACGUUAUGAAACUUCAGGUUCAUCUACUUCAAGUAUCAUGAAUAGUCAACAAAUUACUGUUGCACCAGAGCAACUACACGUAUCUUCUCAAAGUGCAAGUCCAAGUAGCAGAUUAAGUGCCAUAACCUUGUCACAAUACGAAGCUUCUGCUCCUGAUACUGCUGGUACACGGUCAAAUUUUAUCUUAGUGCUUUUCUCCUUAUUUCUAUUCAUGGUUUAG